CUGGCUUCCCAAUACCUGUCGAGGGUUGAGACCAAAUUUAGUCAACCCGUGCGUCAUGUUGAUGAUCACAAAAAUGGGAGACCACUGGGGCGACAAGGCAAACAGGGCUUCCAUGUCAAGAAGAGAAAAAGGGUUUCUCGAAUUGAGUUAGAUAGCCAAAUAUGGAUACAAGCGCAUAGACAUGUGUUGCUCAAUAGUGAAGAAGUCAAUCUAUUUAUAGAAUGUCAUCUGCAGGCAAUUAAGGAGAGGCAUCAUCGACUAAAACAAUAUGAGAUUGAUAGAAUUCAUAGUCAAACCUUUCAUGUUUGGUUCGAAGAAGAGGUCAGUAUGAUAAAAUUCAUAAUUUUCAUUCAAGCUGUCACCUUUUUCAUUAUUAAUCAAGUUUAUCAUGUAAUGAGUAGGUUAAGAAGUUCGAAAAAAGUGGAAGUGCUGAAAUCAUGGACCAAAUUAAAUGGCUUGCUCGUGGGCCUAAAGAUAGAGCUAGAAGAUACACUGGUUACAUGGUUAAUGGUUUUAGAUUUCAUACUAGACAACGUGAGAGAUCAUUGUUAACUCAAAACAGUGGUGUUGUUGUAAAAGUGAAGACAACAAGUCAUGAUCGUAGGCAAAUUGUUGAAAGAGAGAUUAACUAUUAUGGAACAUUAACUGAUAUAAUUGAACUGAAUCACUCUGGCAUGUAUAAGGUUGUGCUUUUUAGAUGUGAUUGGGUUGAUAUUAAUAGAGGCUGCAAGGAGGAUAACCUAGGCUUCACCCUUGUAAAUUUCUCACAUCUUACCCAAAAAGGCAACAAUUUACUUGAUGACCCAUUCAUUUUAGCAUCCUAGGCAGAAAAAGUAUACCAUGUUGAGGAUGAAAGGGACAAGGGUUGGCUUGUUGUCAAGCAUGCCAAGUUGAGAGACGUUUUUGAUAUGGGGGUACAACGUGGUGUUUCAUCAAUUACUGAGGAUAGCACUUAAGAUGCUAUAACUUGGGUUAGAUCUAAUGUAGAUGAGGAUGGAGUUGAAGUCACGUCAAAAAUGGAAAAAGAGCUAGUGGAAGAUGAUGAAUCUGAUUGGGAUAAUUGGUACGAUAACAGGUGUUGGUUUCCUUAGUUAUUGAGUGUUUUCUCCACUUGAUAGUUAUGGUAUUUAUUUUUCUUUGUUUGACAUCAUUCCUAGAACAGAACAUAGUUUAAGCUGCUCUAUCUUCCUCUGUUUUCUAGACUUGAUAGUUAUGGUAUUGAUUUUUCUUUGUUUGACAUCAUUCCUAGAACAAAAUCAUAGUUUGAGCAAGUCCAUGUUCUUCUGCACUUUUAAAAACUUGAAAUUUCACUUUUUGUUUUACUGGGUUUCCUAUUCUAUUCCUUGUUUCAUCUUCUCAAAUUCCUUAGACGAUCAUGAGCCUCUAGUGGCAACGAGCUCCAAUGGCCAUGAGCUACAGUCAAGGGAAAGAAGAAGAUGACUUGGCAAAAGGGAUUGAAAAGAACAAGGGUAAUUUAUCAAUUGUCUUAAUGGAAGAAGUGAAAAAUCCUCUUUUUGCAUUUCAUAAAGGUUGACUUGCAAC